CAUCAGUCCGUCAUGCUGUCGGGUCUGAGUCAGUCGCUAGGAAGCUGGCUACACACUGCCGCCAUCAAUCAAGCUGCAGCAAUGCUCCUCCUCCCUUCGUAUACACAUACUACCUGCAACACACACACACACACAGAGAGAGAGAGAGGAAAGCGGCGGCUUGCCUCGUGUGUGUGAUGAUGUGUGCUGCAGUGUUGUGUCACCGGCCUCUGCCGCCGUCUAUGUGUGCUGUCAGAUCGGUUCAGCCGCUGCCCACCUGCACACAGAACACAUACAGCAGCGCUACCGACAGCCAGCCAGCCAUAUGUGCCCUCCAUGCCCCUCACACACACACCUGCCAGAUCUCCAUCUCAUCGCACGUGAAGUCGAGGGACUGCGCUAGUCUGCCGUUGCCGCGCUUAGUGACCUCCCCUCUGUAGCCGGGCGAAAGGCCAUCCGCCUUGAUCCACUGGCAGCUGCUGAGGUCGGCCGCAGGACCAGGUUGAGCCCACCCCAACCAGAGGACUCCAGCAACGCGACCGAUGCGGGCAUUUGCACUCCAGUCCAUGUUGCUUGCCUUCACCGCCCCCUGUGUGCCGGCCACCCUCACCAUCUGCCACUCCUCGGGUAUCUCGAUCUUGGUCGGCGCGUCAUACGCACCCGACAGCGAAUAGAAGAAAAGGGGCACCUUGUAGCCGUUGGUCUCUGUUGGGUCGUCUGGGGGGUUGAUCUCGCCGUCGAUGAAGCAUCCGAAGCGGUGUGUGUCGCCAUCUCGGAGGGCGAAGAGCAGGCCGCUCUUGCCCUCGACGCACUCGAGCAUCUUGGGGAAGGCAUACGUGUCACGACUGCCCCUGACAGACGACACACACAGAAGGACAAUGUGGUCUCGGCCUGUCAUCUGCCUCUGGCGUGUGAGUGCUUCAUCUCACUUGUACAGCAGUGAUGGCGCUACAGCGAUCUUCUUGUCCGUCAUCUUCAUCACCGCCAGCCACUCGUCGGCCGUCGUGAUCACAUCGGACGCUCCCGCCGCCCCAGCGAGGGGCGGCACCGUGUUGAGGCCGUACAUGCCCAACUCGACGGCGAACAUCUCCUUCUCGUGCGGCGCGAUCACCGGCGGAUGCACGAACCUGCAAGCCGGCAUCACGGUCAGCCGGCGGCCGAAGUCGACGAUGAGUCGGAGGAAUUUGAGGGACGCCUGGCGUGCCUCCUGGUCGGGCCACUCAUCGCUGGAUGAACACACAUACACACAGAUACCAAUGGCUUCUCCUUCCUCCUCUCUGCUGCCUUACGGGUUGUAACGCUUGACGAGGGCAUGGUUGCGUCCGAAGGGUGCGAUCGUACGGCGGAGCACCGACACGUCCUCAUCGCGAACGGUCAGUGUCAUCACCCCGGUCUCCUCACCGCUGCUGUCCCCCUUGACGAACGGCCGGAUGGCCGCCACGAAGGCCUUCAUCUCCUCCUUCUGCUUCUGCAGGCCCUCGAGCAGACUCUCGUAGCGCCUCAUGUGCUCAUCUAUCUGCCGAAACACCCCCUUCACCCCGCCCUCCCCGUCCCCUCCCUCCCUCUGCCCCUCUUGGCCGCUCCCGUCGGCCAUCUCUACAUCCCGCUGCUCGCCUCCCCCGGCACCAUUUGCCGAUGCUGCUGCCGACGAGCCGGGUGCUCGCGGCUGCUCCUCGAUCUCGAUAUCACCGCCCAGCUUGUUUGUGAUGAACAGCGAGUGGUACUCGGAGUAUGAGGGAUCCUCACUCUCGGGCGAAUGGAUGGCGAUCUCGUCCAAGUGAGGGCUCUGUAGCAGCUCCAGCUGGUCACUCAGCCAGGCGAAAUAGGGCGGAUGCAUCUCGAGGAAUGGCAGACUGUUGGCGUCCUUGGGCAGGGCGUCGAUGAAGUGCAGCAGCAGGGUGGAGAGGUACGUCCGCUUCGUCUUAGGGUGCAAGAGGGCUAACACGGGAAUCGACAUGACAGUGCCGCCCACGUUGAGCUUGAGCUUGCCGCUGGUCUUGUGCGGCUCCACCGUGCCGCCGUUUGCGAUGAAGAGCUGCUUGAUCUCCGCCGCCAGCUGCUCGAUUUCGCCCUCUGCCGCAGCUGCUGCCGUCUUGAACACGCCACGAAGGCCAUCCAUGCAUCCUGCCGCCUGCUCAACCACCGCAUCGACCUCCUCACGACCGCUGGUCACGCCAUGCAGCCGGGAGGGGACGACUGACUCAUCAUCGGCCGCUUCGCCGACGGUGGUUUUCCGCUUCUUCGAACCAGCUGGCGCUGCUGCUGCGGCCGACAUCGUCAAUGGCCUAAGGAAAUACGUUAUGCUAUGCAGCUGGGUUGGUUGGUUGGUUG